UAGUGCUCAGUCCUCGAUCUCUCCGCGGUCAACAUCUCGCAAGAUCGCACUUCGAACGCAUCUCGUCCAAGCUACUCCGUCACCAUGGUGUCUGCAGUCGAGUACAUCUGUACGCUACUUCUACUGACGGCGACCGUUUCCCUCCGGUUAGACGGGGUCGGUGGCGCACCGAUGAGGGCAGGAAUUGGCGAUGGCGGCGGUCCGGCCGGGUGUCAGCGCAAUCUGCCCGAGUUGCGGGAGUGUGUCAGCACGGCGAUCCAGCAGUUUGUCAACUUCAUGUCCAGCGGGAAGAUCUCCCCGAAGCACUCGAUCACACCGUUCGAUCCACUGUAUUUGCCCAACAUGACCAUCAUCCAGGAGAAGCAGGUGAAGGCGGUGUACGUCAACCGAUAUCUCGUGGGGCUGAAGAAUGCGUUCAUCCAGGAUGUGAGCACCGACCUGGAAAAGCUAGAAUUCAACGUGACGACACUCAUGCCGGCCCUGGAAAUGUUGGGUAUGUUCUCCACGAAAACAUUCCAAGACCACCAAGUAUCAGAGAACUCCAUUCUUACUCUAUCAAUCCGCAACACUUUGGUGAACUUUGUGGCCAAAGGUGCGCUCUACAGUAAGUCGGACGCGAACGCAACGUCCAACAAGUACCUACGGCUACAGGUCGGCAUCAGCCAGAUCUCGAUGGGUAGCUACGUGCUCAGCGAACAUCUAGACAACGAGCGGCAUCUAACGGACAGGUCAGUUGCACCCGCCAAAUUUAUGCGCCUAAUCGGGAAGGACCUUCGAAUGCAGUUGGCCAAGCGAAUAGCGUACAUCGCCAACGAGGCACUGGCGGUGACACCCUUCGUCAAACUCUUCCCCAUCUGACCGAUUCUGCGGCGAUUGCCUGGGGGCGGAUUGGGGACUUCGGGUUCGGGUGAUGUUGGUGGCUGUUUGGGGAUAUAAUUGGGAGGGACAUCAAGACUUGCCUUGUUUUGCCUUGUUUUUUAUAGCGCUUACGGUGGUGUGUUGAGGGAGAAAUAAAUGUUUUAAU